GCUUUUCCUGCUGGGACCCUCCCCCAACGCUCCCAAACCGCGGCCCCCGUCGAAGAGUCCCCCCUCUACGGGGCCAGGCUGACACGGUGGCGGGCCUCCCUCCGCAUGCCGCUGGGAGAUUGACCAAGGCAAGCCAGUCAGUCAAGCCUGGCGCCUACACGGCGCUCUGGCAGAUUAAAAAUCCAAGGCCGUGAUCUAUGGUGCAGCCACGCAGAAUACUAGCAACACAGCGCGCACUACGACUGUGACGCAGAAAGAGAAGCGCCAGACCAAGGCAAGGCGAUUGUAUCAUCAUGCUGCCCCCUCUAGGAACCUCUCUGCCAUGAGGGGUUCAAAGUAUCUACAACGACGGCGCAUUUGGACGCCCAGUGAUCUGCCAUUGAGGAAGGAGGAGGAACCAGAAAUGACGAGGGGGCAUCAGGGAGGGAAACCCAACCAAGAGGCGAGAACGGGCGCUUGACCAAAAGAGGGGCCCUAGACAAAGAAACGAGCGCUGUGGGCUUGAUCUCAUGGUGCAUCUAGCCAGCGCUGGCCCACGUAAGAGGUAGCAGAACAACCUCAAAGCUUCACUGGGGUGGGUCCGGCGACAAGCAAGCAUCAUCUGCAAACCAGAGUUUUUAUUCACACUGGUUUUGGCCAGGCGCCAUGUAGCCCAUCGUGCAUACAGGCAGUGCUGACCCCAAAUAAAGGUAGCGGGUAAAAUUUGAAACUAGCUCCCCAUCGACCACGCACACCCCGACACCAAGACCUGCUAUCCGCAAUCUGCUGGCAAUACAGCAGCGUUGGGGGAGACACGUGGGGGAGAAAGGAAGGAAUGAUGAGGGAGGGGGGUGAGGAAGCAUCCUGGGCUCAAGUGCACAAGCCUCCUGCGUUUGCCUCCAGCAGGUGCACACCACCUUUUAACACAAGGAUGAGAUGGAAGAUGUGCGGAGACCAUGUCUUUACAAGGCAGCCUGGUGCCCGGGCUGGCCUGGGCCUACCCUGCGAAGGCAAGUAAGAGCAUCGGAAGCCCCCUCCUACCCACACGAGUGUCCGCGACGAAGGCACGAACCAAGCCGUUCCAUGUGGGCCUCCGCCGACAGGAGAGAGAAAUUCUCGAAGCAUUGCCUCCAAUGCGUGACCGCGCCCGCCUGGUCGAAGGAGGGGGAGGGCGACGGAAAAAGGAGGGCGGUACCGAGGGCGGACGUGGAAGGAGGAAAGGAGGGGCAGGAGCUUCUUACAGCAGUCUUCUUGCUCACGUGGCAAGGGGGUUGGCCCAGUGAGACUUCCUCUUCACGGCUCUGCGGCCCAUGGAGUCGCCGGGGCCUCCUCGCAGCGUCCUUCGGAGAACGAAUGCCCUGCUUCAGCCUGCCUCGGAGGGGGGAGGAGGAGGAGGAGGAGGAGGAGGAGGAGGAGGAGGAGGAGGAGGAGGAUCAUCACGUGGUUGGGGGCUGAAGUCUCACUCCACCCUGGGGCCAAUGUCACACUGUUGUGACUGGCCGUGUUGCUGGCGCUUUAUGUAAUGCUCCAGCUUCUCUGGCGGGCUCUUGAAAAUGGGGUCUGCAGAGAAGUUCGAGCGCGGGUGCCUGCCCGCGCACAGGAGGAGGAGGAGGAGGAAGAGGAGGAGGAGGAGGAGAAAGGGACGAGGAGGAGGGACGAGGAGGACGAGGAGGGAGGAGGAGCUGAGGCGGCCAGGCCGGCGCCUUCGCAGGAGUGCCGGAGAGCUGGCCGCCAGCAGGGGCGCCCGACGCCUCCGUCGGAGCUCGGGCGUGGGCCUUCCAGGUCCACGGGCCCCGGACUCCGUCGGCAAGGGGGAGGUCGGCAAGGAGGAGGGGAACUUCUGCACGACGUCGCCGACGCGGGCGCCGCGGAGGGAGACGCUCCCCCUGGAGGGCACGGGGACGGGGGUGGGAGGAGUGGGAGG